GUCUAAACGGGGAAUCGUCCAUAAACAUAAUCACGAGGAAACAUACAAUCAGUUCUUUUCAAAGUUGUAAAUUAUUUUAUGAAGAGAUGUUGUUUCGUUUGUAGAAGAUAUAACAAUAGCUGAAAAUACAUAUUAUUUAAAUUUCAAAUCAGCCCGCUAAGUGACCAUUUUGACAUUUCUCAUUUCGUGUUUUUUGCUAGAAUUGCAAAUGGCAGAGUGUGUCAUCUAUUGAAAAGUGUUACGUAUCGUGAUUUUUUAAAUAACUUUAAUUAAAGGGACUGAAAUAAAUUAAGACAAAAAUCAGUUUAAUUAAUAUGAGUAAUAAGGAGAAAUUACCAAAGCUGGUUGACGUUUAUCGUCCUUCUAAUCCUCUUUGUAGGAGACAACUACCCCUUGUUGUAGAUGAAAAUUUAACGCUUGUUAUGGACAUCAGAACUUCUGGAAUAGUUUGUGACAGUCAAAUUUUACGGGGCAAAGAGCUCGACGAGUUUGCCUCUAAAUGGGGUGUCUUAUCGCCAGAGGAGUUCAAAAGUUCCUUGCAAAUCACUAAGUCAGAAUUGUUGCAUGUUUUAAAUGAAAAUGUGCCAUGUGUCGGUUGUCGUCGAAGCGUUGAAAGGUUAUAUAUCCAGUUGCUAAAUUUUGGUCAUCCAACAUUGGAUCCUGUGAUAGUAAAGUCUGAUGGAACAAUAACAAUAAGGGAAGAAAAGCAAGCCUACCCUGUUUUAGCUUCGAUAUUCCAUGAUCAUGCUAUUCGUUUAGCAAAAUUGAUUGAAAAUCAGCCAAAAAGGAAUAAAAAAAGUGUUCGCUGUCUAUUGCAUUCUCUGGACUCUCAAAGAAGCAGACCUCUAACUCCUGUCUGGAGGGAUGUCUGGGACUGUAUGAAACCAGAGUGCAAGAGGGAUGUAUGUAUUAUUGAAGCAUCCAGUUUACACACAACAUUGGAAAAUUAUUUACGGAAACACAGGUUUUGCGGAGAGUGUAGAACUAAAGUUUUAAAAGCCUAUACUCUACUAGUUGAAGAUCCAGAACCAUCAAAAGAGAAGGGUUAUGUCUCUUCAUUGUAUGCGGGCAUUAAAAGAUGUUUGCCUGACAAGCAUAUCCACCUCAAAGCUCAAACUGACUAUAUAAUGAAGCUAAUUAACCGUGCUGAACCCGAACUUCUAGGCAGCCGUAGGGAGAGGCACGCUAAGACAUUGGAAAUUGCUCAAGAGGAAGUGCUCACUUGUUUGGGGAUUUGCAUGUAUGAAAGACUGCACCGGAUGUACAUGCGAGUUCGAGAGGAGGAACGAACCUGUCAACUUUUUGCAGCUGUUGCCGUACAUGCAUUGAGCAGAAGCUUUGAGACUGUUGUAGAAAGGGUAAGGGGCAUUUCUCAAUUGGAACUAUUGUAUGAGGAAUUUGCCAGGGAGGAGCAGGCCAAGCAAAUACGCAAAGAGGCAAAGAAGAGCAAGCGUCGGCGCAAAAGGGGUAAAAUAUUGGACCAUGAUGAGAAGGAGAAUUGUUGUGAAGAUGAUGAUGACUAUAAAGAAGAUAUUGAUAAGGGCUGUUCAUGUUCACCUUCUCCCAUUAAAGACAAUAUAUUAGACUAUUGCGGAUGUGAGGAUCCAUUGUUAAUAGACAAGGAGCAUAAUUGUGAGUCUAAAUUAAGGUGCACAAACGAUUUGUGGAUAGACGAUUGUAAAUGUGAAAACAAUAUAAAAGCUGAACUAAACUUGAUUAGCAAUGGGAACAUAAAAAGGGAGCAGUCAUUGUGUAAAUGCGACAGUGGAUACGACGCAAGCAUUUUUAAUAAUAAUAGCAAAAAAGAAUUUGGAUCUAAUUCCGACCACUCACACGACUGUGGCUAUUCCUCUGAGUACAACAACGCGUGUUGCGAAACGGGGUCCUUAACGUCAAGCAUGUCCAGUUCUCCCGAAGGUUCAGAACUGGCAUGCAGCGACAGUUGUUGUCAGCCGCGGGAACCGGUGGACUUCUCGGCGUACUGUAGACUCACGUGUGGCGGAGGACUGAGUCUGCAAGAAAUGUUGGAGGUGCAUAGCGAAGAUGAUGAGGAAUAUUUUAUAACAGCGGAAGAAGUGAGGGAGUUUAAAAGCAGAAGCAGACAAGUCUAUGAAAAGAGGCAAGAGUUGAGGGAUACAUUACAGAAGAGGUUUGCCCAGUUUUGUGUAAAUGGACCUUUACAGGUGCCGGACAUAUUCGUUCAGACUAAAUACGCUUCAAAUUAAGAAAAGAUCUAAGUUUUUUGCCAUCUUGUUUUACAUGAUAAUUAGAUUGAUUGGAAUUGUAUCCUUUAUACAAAAAAGUUCUUUGAAAAUCUCUUUAUCUGGCGAUCAAUUUAUUGUUGAAACAGUGCUUUUUAUUUUAAAAAAAGAGGUUCAGAGAAAUCGGGCCAUAUAUGUACUAUAUGUAUUUGUUGCAUUCCAUAUUGGGUUAUUAUUGUUAAAAAAUUGAUUGUUUUGAAUGGGCAGGGUCCCGCUUUAUAUUAUGGCGGGUCAGCACAUUUAUGAGUCAAAAUAAAA